GGUGGACAGAGAAGAAAAGCGCCUGCAUUGCUCAGGAUGCAACUCGACCGGCGACUGUUGGGAAGGACAGAGCUUCCGGAAUGUACGAGUGGCAAAUCGCUGGCCUUUUAGCUGAAAUAAAAAAAUAACCUUGAGUUCGUUUCCUUCUUAUUUUAUUAUUUCCAAAUGUAUAGACUUGAGAAAAAGAGAACGAAAAAGAAAAAAAGCCGUUAAUCCCGAAACGUCCUCAGAAAACGGACCGUUGCGGCGACUCGAAGGCGCCAUCUUGUGUCCUGUCUCCUCAUGUAAAAGUCUCCGGUCCGGCCGGAGGAGGAGAUUACACGGUGAGGCGGAACUCUCUCCGGGGGAGGAGGAGGUUAAAGCCCGCACAGUUUGAGUCACACGGAGUCAGUUCACAGCGAGCCGACCAAGACGACAUCAGCUCCGCAGGAUGGACAGGAAGCGUUGCUGUGUGAAGCUGUCGGUCCAUCCCUCCAGGGGCCUCAUGGACGAGAAGUUCACCGUCUUGGUCCAGAACGUCCUCCCCGGUUUCCAGCUGACCGUCUACGCCUUCUACAAGUGUGAGGGCGGAUACAGCUGGGAGGCGUUCGCUCACUACACCGCCAGCGCCACCGGGGCUGUGAACGUUUCCGAGGAUCCCAGUCGGGGGGGAACAUAUUCUGGGGUGGAACCAAUGGGUCUAAUGUGGAGCCUCAGACCAGUUCCAGGCAGCAAAUCGGGGCUCAGGAUGAGGAAGAUGAACGUCCAGACCCCCAUGGAGGUCACGAUCUCGGUGUACCAGGGUCACCUGACUGAGGGCUUCGUGGACCAGGUGCCGCUGGCCGCUGUGGUGGUGGAGCGCUGGUACAUGGCGCCCGGCGUCCGCAGGAUCCCGAUUACAGAAGGCGGCCUCACGGCGACCCUCUUCCUCCCCUCAGGACCGGGUCCGUUCCCCGGCCUCCUGGACCUGUGGGGGGGUGGAGGGAAGUUGGUGGAGUAUCGGGCGGCGCUGCUGGCGUCCCACGGCAUCGCCGCCAUGGCCCUCGACUACCUGACACCUCAAAUCACCAAGGAAACCGGGAAGAUGGUGGACUACGAGUACUUUGAGGCCGCCUACAGAGUCCUGGAGCAGCACCCUCAGAUCCUCGGCAGCAGGAUCGCCAUGUUGGGCCUUUCCUUCGGCACCAGCGUCACCCUCCGAAUGGCCGUUUACUCCCAAGUUAUUAAGCUCAGGUGUGCAGUGUGUAUCAGUGGGAGUCAUGUGCAGCCCAUCGACGGCUCUGUGGCUCAAAUAAUGACUUCCUUUAAUGAUAAUGCCGAUAAAACUCGAUUCAACGAGGAGCAGCACGUGAUCUGGCGAGACCUGCUGAUGCCCAUCCCCACCGACGCCUCUCUGAAAGUAGACGUGGGGCGACUCCGGUGCCCUCUGCUGCUGGUGGUCGGGGAGGACGAUCAGAACUGGCCCUCCUACGAGUCUGCGAUGGACAUGAAGGAGAUGAUGCAGCGGGCGGGGAACGAGCACCUGCUGACCGUCCUGUCGUACCCGAACGCCGGUCACCUGAUCGAACCGCCGUUCACGCCGUCCGCCAGAGCCAGCGCCUUCAAAACCAUCAGCAACACACCUCAGACAGUCAUGGUUCUGUGGGGCGGAGAGCCGGUGGCCCAUUCGGUGGCUCAGGAAGACUCCUGGAGGAAGACCCUGGUGUUCCUGAGGGUGAACCUGUACGGCGGCUCGCAGCCCGGCGCCGCGGCCUCGUCCCACCUGUAACCACGGCAACGCCUCUCGAUUGUAGAGUCUGUGAAGAGCACCUUCAGGAGCCUCCAGGUCCAUUUAUCCUCGUGGGCAAUCUCCCCUGACUCACGUUUCAUAUUCUAAUGUUUAACGGAUAAACACCGAAUGUUUUUAUUUACAUUUUAAAUAGUUUCCGCCUCCAAAAUGAUUGACACCUCCAUUUAGUGUCACAUGACAGAAUGCUGUUGAACAGGAAGUUGAAUUGUACAAACGACACAUCUUUUGAACAUGAAUGUACCGACUUGUGUGUGUGUGUGUGUGUGUGUGUGUGUAUGAACCAUUACAACCUCACGAGAUCAAUAUCAACAUGUGGAUCAUUUCCUGUGGGUCGAUUCAUGAAGCUCCACUAGUUUUAUGAACGUUAAUAACUGAGAACGUGGUCUCAACCCGGGUUCUGAGCCCAGAGUCGGACCCGGUCUUGUGUGGUCCACAAUAAAACCUUUUUAACGGAGCAGAAGACAAUAAUUAAGUUGAGCCAGCAGAUGGCGGCAGAGCAUCGCGGAUGUUUAACGUCUCACGCGUGGCAAAAAUAAAAAUAUCAUUUCUGCA